GAGCGAUCCUGUGGUUGAGCUCAUUUGCCGGAGCUGGAGUCUUCGUCGCGAAAGGGAGAGUAGUCUGAGAGCGAAUCGCAAGGGGUUCGAGAAGCAGUCGAUCCUCUCGUCGAUCUCGGCUUAAUGUCGUUCCUUUAGGUUACGUCCAUGUGAAUUCAAUCUAGUGGUUGUUGGUCCUAAUCAGAAGGAACGAGCAGAUGGGUGUUGAUUAAGUAAGAUUUGGCCAUUCAGUGCUAAGCCAGUAUGGAGUCAGAGAGAUUCCAUGGAAGUUGUUCUAGGAACACCAGCAACGACAGUGUCAGCCAGUUAAAGAUGGUUAGUCGCAGAGAGAUUCUUGCCAAGAAGAAAGCCAUUCAAGAACUCAUAAAAGCAGCAUAUUUUGUGAAAGACCAUAUUGCUUUUUUCCCCUCAUUCUGCCAUUAUGAUAAAAACGGUCUCUCCGUGUAUUUGGAAUCUGGGCGUGGCGAUAAAUUGUCCAUUACUGUUAAGAACUACGUUCAAAAUCUUCUCAAGCAAAACAUGGAAGGACAUUAUGGCUCUGAGUGGCUAGUGGAAGAAAAGGUGAAGCGCAGAGAAACGGUUGCUCCGGAAGCACGUUACAUAUUUGUGCAUGAGGUUACCAACACAAAUUUUAAUGAGAGGACAGCGAUGUUAAUUGGGGAAAAAACUUCAGCUAGCUUAGAAAAUAGUGGCCCCCUCGUUGGAUUUGUACAAUACAGAUUUAUUGUGGAAGAAGACAUACCAGUGCUCUAUGUGUAUGAACUGCAGCUUGAGCCUCGCAUCCAGGGGAAAGGACUGGGAAAGUUUUUAAUGCAACUAAUCGAGCUUAUAGCCCAGAAGAACUGCAUGGGUGCUGUCAUGCUAACCGUUCAGAAAAAGAACUUGUUUGCUAUGAAUUUCUAUAUAAAUAAGAUGAGAUAUAACAUAUCAACUAUGUCUCCAUCAAAGGUUAACCCAAUGAUAGGGAAGGAGAGUAGUUACGAAAUUCUUUGCAAAACAUUUAAUGAAGAAGCUAAAACUAAAUUGGAGUUGUGCUCAAAAGUGGUUUCAAGUUUUGUAUGGUUGGAUUGUAUGUGUCCUCCGAGGGACUUUCGAACGUAUCUGUGCUAACUGGUCAUUGGAGCUGACAAAGAUGGGGGAAAUAACAAUUUAGAAAUAUUUGUAACCUUAUGUUUCUUUCUUUGAAAGACAUGGAAUUGGAGACCUCCCUAAUUAUGCUGUAGCACCAGAUGUUACAUGAAAAUGUAUGGUUAAUGAUAAAAUCAAAUCUCAGGCGGCUUCUUUGUUUAGGCUUGUGCUGUAGUGGGGAUGGAAAACAAAAAUACGGAGUUGACAUUUCAUCUGAGACUUUUUCCCCCACAAUUAUAUCUAUUAUUGUUUUCUU